UUGAUUAUUGCUAUUGUUGAUUGUUUACAGGCAUCCAAGGGGAACAUGGUUGUUGGGUCUCAUGUAUGGGUGGAGGACCCAGAUAUAUGUUGGGUUGAUGGAGAAGUGGUAAAAAUCAAUGGUGAAGAACUUGAAAUCAAGACUUCAAAUGGGAAGAAGGUUACAGCAAAUCGGUCUAAAAUUUAUCCGAAGGACUUGGAUGCUCCAGAUGGGGGAGUUGAUGACAUGACGAAGCUUUCAUACUUACAUGAGCCUGGAGUGCUGCAGAACUUAGCAACUCGAUAUGCUCUUAAUGAAAUCUAUACUUACACUGGGAAUAUUCUCAUCGCCGUAAAUCCAUUUCAAAGACUACCCCAUAUAUAUGAUAUCCAAAUGAUGAACCAUUACAAAGGGGCAGCGCUCGGAGAGCUCAGUCCUCAUGUUUUUGCACUUGGUGAUGUUGCAUUUAGGGCAAUGAUGAAUGAGGGAAAAAGCAAUUCCAUUCUGGUUAGUGGUGAAAGUGGGGCGGGUAAGACUGAGACUACUAAAAUGCUUAUGCGUUAUCUUGCGUACUUGGGUGGACGUGCAGCUACAGAGGGGAGGACUGUUGAACAACAAGUUUUGGAGUCAAAUCCUGUUCUAGAAGCUUUUGGAAAUGCAAAAACAGUUCGCAAUAACAACUCAAGUCGUUUUGGUAAAUUUGUUGAGAUUCAAUUUGACAAGCGUGGAAGAAUAUCUGGAGCAGCCAUCAGGACAUAUCUCCUGGAAAGAUCUCGAGUUUGCCAAGUUUCGGACCCUGAGCGUAACUAUCACUGCUUCUAUCUUCUUUGUGCUGCGCCGAAGGAGGAAGUGGAGAAAUACAAGCUUGGCGAUCCUAGAUCAUUUCAUUAUCUUAAUCAGUCAAAUUGUUACGAGUUAGUCGGCAUAAAUGAUGCUCAAGACUACCUUGCUACGAGGAGAGCUAUGGGGAUAGUUGGAAUGAGUAAUGAAGAACAGGAAGCAAUAUUUAGAGUGGUUGCUGCAAUUCUUCAUCUGGGUAAUAUUGAAUUUACAAAGGGUCAAGAUGUUGAUUCAUCUGUUCCAAAGGACGAUAAGUCUAAGUUUCAUCUUCAGACAGCAGCCGAACUUUUCAUGUGUGAUCCUGUUGCUUUGGAAGAUGCUCUUUGCAAACGUGUAAUGAUUACUCCUGAAGAGGUAAUAAAAAGGAGCCUUGAUCCUGGGGCUGCAACGGUGAGCAGAGAUGGUCUAGCAAAAACAGUGUAUUGUCGUUUGUUUGAUUGGUUGGUGAAUAAGAUCAACGAAUCAAUCGGUCAAGAUCCUAACUCCACGUGUUUGAUUGGCGUCCUUGAUAUUUAUGGUUUUGAAAGCUUCAAGACUAAUAGUUUUGAGCAAUUUUGCAUCAAUUACACAAAUGAAAAGCUGCAACAACAUUUCAAUCAGCAUGUUUUCAAGAUGGAGCAAGAGGAGUACACCAAGGAGGAAAUCGAUUGGAGCUAUAUUGAAUUUGUAGAUAACCAAGAUGUCUUGGAUCUUCUAGAAAAGAAACCUGGAGGCAUCAUCGCACUUCUUGAUGAAGCUUGCAUGUUUCCGAAGUCAACUCACGAAACCUUCUCGCAGAAGUUAUAUCAGACUUUUAAGACGCAUAAGCGCUUCAUCAAGCCAAAAUUAUCUCGUACUGCUUUCACCCUUGCUCAUUAUGCUGGAGAGGUUCAAUACCAAUCUGACUAUUUUCUAGACAAAAACAAAGACUAUGUCGUUCCAGAACAUCAGGACCUGUUGAGUGCUUCCAAAUGUUCUUUUGUAGCAGGGCUCUUUCCUGUUAUUGCUGUAGAGACAUCCAAGUCCUCGAAGUUCUCAUCGAUUGGUUCUCGUUUUAAGCUUCAACUACAACAACUCAUGGAAACACUGAAUUCUUCGGAACCCCACUACAUCAGAUGUGUAAAGCCAAAUAAUGUUCUUAAGCCGGCUAUAUUCGAGAAUAUGAAUGUAAUGCAGCAACUGCGUUGUGGUGGUGUUUUAGAAGCAAUUAGGAUCAGCUGUGCUGGAUAUCCCACUCGCCGGACGUUUUUUGAGUUCGUUAGUCGAUUUAAACUUCUUGCUCCUGAAGUUGUAAAAGAGAACGAUGCAGAAAAGGUUGUAUGCGCAAAGAUAUUGGAAAAGAUGGGGCUAACUGGUUACCAGAUUGGUAAGACAAAAGUUUUCUUGAGAACUGGUCAAAUGGCGGAGUUGGAUUCACGCAGAGCAGGGAAGCUUAAUAAUGCUGCAAAGACUAUUCAAAGGAAGACUAGAACUCAUAUUGCCCGUCAACAUUUUCUCGCAUUGCACAAGGCUUCCGUCGAUAUACAAGCAUUAUGGAGGAGAAGACUGGCUUGCAAUCUUUUUGAAAAUUUGAGAAGAGAGUCGGCUUCUAUAAAAGUUCAAAAGAAUUUGCGCAGACACUUGUCGAGAAAAUCUUAUUCACGAAUACAAUCCUCGGCUCUCACACUACAAACAGGAUCAAGGGUCUUGGCUGCUCGCAAUGAAUUAAGAUUUAGAAAGCAAACAAAUGCCGCAAAGAUUAUUCAGGCUUUUUGGAGAUGCCACAUAGCAUAUUCGUACUAUAGAAAUCUUAGAAGGAAUGCAAUCUUUACACAAUGUAGAUGGAGAGGGAGGCUAGCUCGAAAAGAACUGAGAAAACUGAAGAUGGCUUCCCGAGAAACUGGGGCACUUAAAGAAGCGAAGGAUAAACUUGAGAAAAAGGUGGAAGAACUUGGGUGGCGGCUACAAUUAGAAAAACGUGCACGGAUGGAUCUGGAGGAGUCGAAGGAGCAGGAAAUAGCAAAGUUACGUCGAUCAUUGCAAGAUAUGCAGAGGAGAGUUGAUGAGACAAAUGAAUUGCUUGUCAAGGAGCGUGAGGCUGCUCAUAAAGCAGUAGCAGAGGCAGUAACAGAGGCAGUAUCUGUUGUCAAAGAAACUCCAAUAACCAUUGAAGAUACCGAAGAUAUUGACUCUCUAACUGAAGAAGUAGAUAAUCUAAAGACCUCGUUAGAGACAGAAAGAGAAAGAUCUGAUAUGUGGGAAAAGAAGUAUAAAGAAGCCCAUGAAUCAAGUGAAGAAAAACGUAAGAAACUCGAAGAAACAGAAAAAAGAGUCCAUCAGCUUCAGGAUUCUCUGAAUAGGCUUGAGGAUAGACUUACCAAUUUGGAAUCUGAGAAUAAGGUUCUUCGUCAACAAGCUAUCACCAUGGCACAGAAUAACAAGCUUUUGGCGGCACGCUCUAGAUCAUUAAUGCAGAGGACUGAAAGUACAAGAAGUGUGGAACUACGUAGUAGUACAUCCAUGAACUCAAGGGAUCAUGGUGACGUAGAGGGGAGAGCACAAAAAGCCCUUAAUGAAAAGCAGCAGGAGAAUCAAGACUUGCUCAUCAGAUGUAUAGCUCAGCCGCUCGGGAUCACAAAUGAUCGCCCAACUACAGCAUGCAUCAUAUACAAAUGUCUGAAACACUGGAGAUCAUUUGAAGUGGAGAGGACGAGUAUUUUUGAUAGAAUUAUUCAAACAAUUGGUCACGCUAUAGAGGCGCCGGAUAACAAUGACAUCUUAGGUUACUGGCUAUCAAAUACAUCUUCCUUGUUAUUACUGUUACAACGCACACUAAAAGCAGGUGGUGCAGCUGGAGUGGCUCCUCAGUGGAGACGCCCUCCACCUACUCUCAUCGGCAGGAUGACCGCGAGUUUCCGUGGAAUUCCUCGAGACAUUGAUCUUUCUUCGCUUGAUGGUGCAAAGAAUAGUGGAGUUGAUCGCCAGUUGAGCCAGAUUGAAGCCAAAUAUCCUGCAUUUCUUUUCAAGCAGCAGUUAACAGCUUAUGUGGAGAAGAUUUAUGGAAUGGUCCGUGAUAAUCUGAAAAAAGAGAUAUCUCCUCAGCUGGGCUUAUGUAUUCAGGCACCAAGAAAAGUUAGCUCAAUUACUCACUAUAAUAGCCCAGCUGCUAACCAGACACUAUUUGUGCACUGGAAAGAGAUAGUACAGAGCUUCAACAAUUACCUCAACGUCAUGAAAGCUAAUUAUGUUCCGUCAUUCCUCAUCCGCAAAGUAUACACCCAAGUAUUCUCUUUUAUCAACAUACAGUUGUUCAACAGCUUAUUGUUGAGACGGGAAUGCUGUUCUUUCAGCAAUGCAGAAUAUGUCAAGGCUGGACUCGCAGAAUUAGAAAAUUGGUGUUUUGAUGCUAAUGAAGAGUAUGCAGGUUCAGCUUGGGAUGAGCUGAAGCAUAUCAGACAAGCUAUUGGUUUCCUGGUUAUACAUCAAAAGCCGCAGAAGACUCUAGAUGAAGUUAGUCAUGACCUCUGUCCAGUGCUUAGCAUUCAGCAGCUUUACAGGAUCAGCACAAUGUACUGGGACGACAAAUAUGGCACCCAUAGCCUGUCUCCUGAAGUUAUAUCGAAUAUGAGAAUUUUGAUGACCGAAGAUUCUAACAAUGCUGUCAGUAGUUCUUUUCUACUGGAUGACGACUCAAGUAUACCGUUUUCAGUUGAUGACUUGUCGAAGUCCACAGAGCAGAUUAGUAUUUCGAAAAUUGAAUCUCCCCCUCUCAUUCGAGAUAAUACUGGGUUCAGUUUCUUGUUGGAAGCAUAGGUAUUAAUUGGGUACUAAUACUCUUAAUGAACCCGUUUUUGUUUUCCGUUCUAGCUUGAGCCUGAAGAAGCUUCUAUAACUUGAUCUAAGAAAAGAUAAAUAAAUUUAGCCUAGAGAAUGUACAUACGUCAAUGAGUACUUGCUACCGGAAAUGUAAGAAAAUUUUUGUUCCGGAUAAUUAGAUUGAUAAGAGUUUGCUAGAUGAGUAACCAAGAAUGUAGGAGGUUUGUGGGAGUAGAUAGGAUGAGCGUUGGUGGGCGGAUCACCUUCUCGGCAUAGAUCAUCGAGACAUCAGCUCGUUUUCAUCAGCAUUGCGCCAAAUUUUGUUUAUUAUUUACUUAAAUAUCAUAUGUAUUUCUAUCUUUUCACUUGUACAAGUGCUACUAAUGAUUCAAUAAGAGAGUUUCUUUCCUCUUUGUAAUCCUAAUGACUAGUAUUUAUUGUCCAAUAUAUAUAAAUAAAAGUAGUCCUCCGGCUACUUUGUGUUUGGUGAAAUCAUCUCAUUUUCUGUUUCCUAAAUGCAGUUUAGAUGUUUGGUUAUGCAAUUACGUACAUGAAUAAUUUAAGACCCUAGACUCAUCGAAUUUAGUCUUUUUGGCUACGGAUCGAGAAAGUAGUUUUGAAUAGUAGAAGUGAUGAAA